AUGGACAAUAGGUUUAGUGAUUUGGAGAUGGAUAUUCACCAUAGCAUUCGAAGGAUUGGUGAAUUGGAGAAAUAUGUCCACCGACUUCCCAUAAAUAGGGACAAAGUCCCAACUAAUUUACCUUCUCGCUAUACCGGUUCUGAGGAUGAGGAUGAGGAGGAGGAGAGAAUAGAGCAUAAACAACUGCGCCCGGUUAUGAGAACGACUUUUGCUCUUGAUGAAGAUACUGAGGCAGCCGUGAAAAUCAAACUUAGAAUCGAAAAAGGAGAUCUGCGAGGAUUUACAUGGUCUGAUUUGGCCAAAGAAUUUAUAAAAUACGGCAAGGAAUAUGAGGAUACAUCUGAUUCUGAAGAUGUUCCCAAGCCUUCUGCAGCCAGACAAAAGACUCGACCCUCCUAUGCUGAUGUGGCUGCCAGGGCACCCUGGGAUCCUCCUAAGCAGCGGGAGAAAUCACGGGGUGACUGGACAGUCGUGGAUAGAUCUAGAAACAACAGAAAGCCAAACAGCACCCAUAAAAGCCAGUACCCUGAAAAUAAAGGUGCUUCAUCUCGAGGUGAUGACAAAGGGCCCUACGCUAAGCUUAAGGAGGAAGCCAGGCGUAAAGGUAUCCCAUCGAAGCUUUUGUCUCAGGAUUAUUCUUAUCAGCUUCUGAAAGACCUGGAGCACAGACAAACCUAUGGCAACACUAGGGAACCUCUCCUUGAAAACCUGAUCAGUGAGUAUGACUUGGAGCUUUUCCGGAGAGCACAAGCACGGGCAUCUGAGGACGUGGAACAGCUGCGGCUCCAGGGCCAGAUCACAGAAGGCAGCAACAUGAUUAAAACCAUCGCGUUUGGCCGCUACGAGCUGGACACCUGGUACCACUCCCCCUACCCAGAGGAGUAUGCUCGCCUGGGCCGUCUCUACAUGUGUGAAUUCUGCCUCAAGUACAGGAAGAGCCAGACAAUACUUCGCAGGCACAUGGCAAAAUGUGUUUGGAAACACCCACUGGGUGAUGAAAUCUACCGGAAAGGCUCCAUCUCAGUGUUUGAAGUGGAUGGGAAGAAGAACAAGAUCUACUGUCAAAACCUGUGUCUGCUGGCAAAACUUUUCUUGGACCAUAAAAUACUGUAUUAUGAUGUUGAACCCUUCCUCUUCUAUGUCAUGACAGAAGCAGACAACACUGGCUGUCACCUGAUAGGUUAUUUCUCCAAGAAGGAUUCUUUUCUCAGCUACAAUGUUUCUUGUAUCCUGACAAUGCCCCAGUACAUGAGGCAAGGUUAUGGCAAGAUGCUCAUUGACUUCAGCUAUUUGCUUUCCAAAGUAGAAGAAAAAGUUGGCUCUCCAGAACAUUCUCUGUCUGAUUUAGGGCUCAUCAGCUACAGGAGCUACUGGAAGGAAGUUCUUCUUCGUUACCUGCGUAAUUUCCAAGGAAAAGAGAUUUCUAUCAAAGAAAUCAGCCAGGAGACUGCAGUGCAUCCUGUUGACAUUGUUAGCACCUUGCAGGCACUUCAGAUGCUCAAGUACUGGAAGGGAAAACACCUGGUCCUGAAAAGACAGGAUCUGAUUGAUGAAUGGAGAGCCAAAGAGGCUAAAAGAUCCAACAGCAAUAAGAUCAUGGAUCCCAGCUGUUUGAAAUGGACCCCUCCUAAGGGAACUUAACUGUCUCUCACUCCUGAAGCCAGUGAACCCCAGCAGUAGGAAGUACCCUAGGGAUCUCUGUCGUAU